GCCAGCAGCUAUUAAACCUUGAAGGAGAAGCCACCAGCUGAUCGCGGGCGGCUGCAUGAUUCAGGGCUAUGAAUGAAAACAGAAAGUGUGGCCGGGCUGGUACAGUAUCGUCCUGAGGAGGGCAGGUAGACGCCAAGAAGCACCUGCACCGCCAGAGACGAGGAGGAGGAAGUGGCUCUGGUCCGCAGCAGGAUGGCCGACAACACAGCGGACUCCUCGGCAUCUUCUGCCUCCAACAGCGACGGAAACGGGGCCAAUCCGCCGGCAGUGAACGGAGGAGCAGCAGAGGCCCCUGAGAACCAACAGGCCAACCAGCUGCAAGACGGUGUGAACAACCAGGGUGUACACGGUGCAGCUGCACUUCCCCCUGAAGCCUCCAGGGGGACCUGGAGGCUGGAGAACAUCACACAGGAGCUGCGAGACCGCUUGGUGAACAAUCUCGUUGAGGCCAUCGUCCCCAUCCGGGACCCCGCUGCCCUGGUGGCCUGGUGGAAUGUGGUGGCCUACGCUAGGAGAGUCGAGAGCGACAUGUAUGAGUCGGCCAACAGCAGAGCCGAGUACUACCACCUGCUUGCAGAGAAGAUCUACAAGAUCCAGAAGGAGCUGGAGGAGAAGAGGAGGAAGAGGAUACCCCUUGACAAUCCGCCGGCAGCGAACAGAGGAGCGGGAGAGGCCCCUGAGAACCAACAGGCCAACCAGCUGCAAGACGUUGUGAACAACCAGGGGAGGAGCUGGCAUGAGAACAUCUCACAGGACCUGCGAACCUACUUGGUGCACAGACUCGUUCAGGCCAUCUUCCCCACCCCGGGCCCCGCUGACCUGAAGGAUCGGCAGAUGGAGAACCUGGUGGCCUACGCCAGGAGAGUCGAGAGCAACAUGUAUGAGUCGGCCAACAGCAGAGAUGAGUACUACCACCUGCUCGCAGAGAAGAUCUACAAGAUCCAGAAGGAGCUGGAGGAGAAGAGGAGGAAGAGGAGGAAGAGGAUGCUCCUUGACAAUCCGCCGGCAGUGAACGGAGGAGCAGGAGAGGCCCCUGAGAACCAACAGGCCAACCAGCUGCAAGAUGGUGUGAACAACCGGGGGAGGAGCUGGCACAGUACAUGGGAUGUGCAAACCCGAACCCGCUUGGUGCACGACAUACUCAGUUACUCCAUCUUCCCCGCCCUGGGCCCCGUUGCCCUGAAUGGCCCGCGGAUGGAGAACCUGGCGGCCCACAUUAGGAGAUUCGAGAGCGACAUUUAUGAGUCAGCCAACAGCAGAUAUGAGUACUACCGCCUACUUGUAGAGGAGGUCUGCAAGAUUGAGGGUGAGCUCCAGGAUGAGCUGGAGGAGAGGGAGUUUGACAAUCCGCCGGCAGCGAACAGAGGAGCAGGAGAGGCCCCUGAGAACCAACAGGCCAACCAGCUGCAAGACGGUGUGAACAACCAGGGGAGGAGCCGGUAUGAUGACAUCACAGAGUGGGAACGAAAAUACGCGGUGCACGACAUACUCAAUGACGACAUCCUCCCCUACCUGGGCCCCGUUGCCCCGGAGGACCCGCGGAUGGAGAACCUGGUGGCCUACGCUAGGGGAGUCGAAAGCGACAUUUAUGAGUCGGCCAACAGCAGUGAGGAGUACUACUGCCUGCUCUCAGAGAAGAUCAACAAGAUCAAGAGGCAUCUGAAGAGGAGGAGGAGGAUACCCAGAAAUCCGAAGACCUUGAAGUCAUACUGCCAGAUCGCCAUCAAAGAUCACCUGAGAAAGGUCAAAAGGAUCGACUGCAUCGACCAACUGGAAAUACCAAAAUGUCUCAUUAGCUACUUGCAGCAGAAUCCGGCUCUCAACCAAAUUUUAUAGCUCAACAAACUGCAGUCAAGUGACGUGAAACCUCAUUUGUAUCUGGAUUACAGCGCAGCCACUGAAACUGCUAGCCUCCUUUGACACGACAAGGUUGAUAAUUCUGACAACAGCCUUUUUUAUUUUAUUUAUAUUUAUUUUAUUUUUUUAUUUUAUUUUUCUGACAACAGCCCCUUUCAGAUAGAAAACUGUUUUUUCAUUUGAGCCGUGAAGGCUUGUGUCAUCAGCAAAUUUGAUCAUUCCCCAGUCGUUAUUGAGCUGUAAGUGUAACAUGGUCAGCGCAUAUUCUCAUUCGUCCAGGUCAGAGGCAUCUCAUGGAAAUUGAAUCAGGUCAGCUGGACUUAGUUAUUGGUCUAGAAGAUGUUUCACCCCUAAUCCAAGCGGCUUCAUCGGUUCAUGCUGUCCAUUAGACUAGAGUGUAGUCUGUCUACCAGUCUACCUCAGACCAGGUGGUUUGACUACCAAAGACUACCAGUCUAGCCUAGGGAACGAAUGAAACACCUCUAGACAUGUAACACAAGUCCAGUUGACCUGGUUCAAUUUCCAUGAAAUAAUUUUAACAUUCAAACAAGCUGGUCUGGAAAAUCUGAUGUCUCUGAAGGGAUUAUUCUACGAUUAUUUUAUGUUUCUGUAUAGCUUAGUCAGUGUUCGGCUAAGCCUAAUUCUAAACAAGGGCGCCAUCUAGCUGCUAGUUGAAGGCCAGUAGUUUGCGGAGCAGGUUUGCUCUUCUCAGGAAAAUCUGAAAAAUCACCUUUAUUUAAAAAAAAAAAAAAAAAAACACCUUAAAACACAUCUUUGUAAUUCUGCAUUGUGCCU